AUGGCGAGCGUUACGGCAUUCAAGGCCUGCACUUUUGCCACCGGUACGAGGCCUGUCGCCCGUGGCCCUCGGCCCACCCAGAGCAGAGCGCACGUCAGGGCAGCCGUGGUGCCUCGCGCCAAGUAUGGUGACGACAACAAGUAUUUCGACCUGAAUGACCUGGAGAACACCAUUGGCAGCUGGGAGCUGUACGGGCAUGAGGAGAAGGCCAGGUACCCUUCCAUCCAGGGGGAGUUCUUCCAGAGGGCGGCAGCGGGCCUGACGCGGAGGGAGUACCUGCUCGCCUUUGUGGCCGGAUUGGGAGGGACUGGCCUGCUGCUCUGGGGGGGCAUCGGGUCCAAGGCCACACAGCUUCCCAUCACCAAGGGCCCUCAGCAGACACCCCAGUGCAAGACCGUGGAGCCUGGCACGGUGAAGGAGUACAAGCGUCACAUCCUCAUGCGAGUGCCAUUAGAAAAGGAGGGACCUGCUGACCAAGCCUGGCCCCGGACGGUGGAGAGCCUGUCCAGCAUAGAACCCCUGGCGCGGGCCCUGAAGACCGCCAGCAAGGAUGGCACGGUGGUCGGCCCCGUCAUGGUCUCGGCCUAUGAGGCCCUGGGCGAUGGCCCCCAGGAGGCUGAUUGCGCCGACAUCCUGCUCCUCCCCGACAACGUCCAGCUGAGGGGCGUGCCCCUGUCAGACCUCACCGCCGUGGCCAUGGACUCCCUCUCCCGCCCAGGCGCCUGGGAGGCAGGGGAGGAGACGCAUGGCGUCGCGUGGGCGGCCCUCCCGCCCCUGACCCUGCUGGUGUGCUGCCACAAUGCGCGGGACGAGCGGUGCGGGGUGCUGGGCCCUCAGCUGGCCGCCCGCCUGGAGGAGUUGCUGCUGUACAGGGGUUUUGCUGCCGCGCAGUUCCGGGUGCUCAAGGUGUCGCACGUCGGCCAGCACAUCUACGCCGGCAACGUGAUUGCCUACCGCCCCGGGCACCCCGGCCACGGCGACUGGUACGGCGGCGUGCACGCCGAGAACGCAGAGGCCUGGCUGACGGCCUGGCUGGGUACGCCGGCGGAGCUGGACGGCGGCGUGGGCGACCCGGCGCUGCGCCCCCACUGGCGCGGCAGGCUGGGCCUGAGCAAGGAGGAGCAGCUGGCGGUGUUCGAGGCGGGCAAGGCCCUGUGUGCUGGGAAGGGCGGCGCGGACAUCGAGGAGCUGUGCGCCGACGUGGUACAGACGGUGCAGGUGUGA